AUGGAAAUGAAGAUUGAAAAACAACCCUCUAAAAUCAUAAAACCCUUUGUUCCAACACUUAGUAGCCACUACAAGCUUGGCUUCAUCGAAGAAGUCGUUUCUCUCAUAUAUGUUCGCAUUGUUCUUUUUUUCCCAUCGAAUACCGAUCACAACGACACAAAGUUUGUUGCCCGGUUAGAAAAAUCUUUAGAGAAAAUUCUAACACGAUUCUACCCUGUUGCUGGUAGAUACGUUAAAGAAACAAACAUCAUUGAUUGCAAUGAUGAAGGUGUUGAGUUUAUAGACGCGCAAAUUAACAUCAAACUUGAUGAUUUUCUUGAUUCCAAAGACAAUGAUAAGUUCAUUGAUGAAUUCAUUCCAUCUAAAUUUGGGCUUGGUUUUGAUAUGCAUAAUGAUUCAUCAUUAAUUACAAUUCAAGUUACAACUUUUGAGUGUGGAGGUGUGGCAAUAGGUAUAAGUGGGUCACAUUUGCUUUUUGAUGCUUCAACUCUAUGCACAUUCAUUAAUGAAUGGGCUCUUAUGAACCGAGAAGAAAAUGAGACUGAAUUCACUGCGUAUGGUUUUGGCUCGUCCUCAGUGUUUCCGGCUCAUGGUUUCCAUCCCUUUCCAGUAGUAUCCGAUGAUAUGUUAAGCAAGUAUACUAGAAAGAAACUUUCAUUUAAUGCGAGUUUAAUAUCGAACCUAAAAGAGAAGGCGAAAAAUAGUAUCCAUAAAUGGUCCAAACCCAUAAAUUUAAGAGAAAAAAUGGCAUCUUUAAUACCCAAAAGUUCUUGUGGAAAUAUUUUCGGGGUGCUUCUCCAAGAAGUUGGGACUACUAAAACGUUCGAAGAACUUGCAGAUCUUUUAAGUGAUUUUGUGAGGAAAUCCAUAAAUGAGUACUCAAAAACGUACCACGACAACGAAGAAGGGGUAACGAUGGUUUUGAAUUCGUUUUUACAACUAUACAAGAUUAAUCCUGAAUCAACUAAUUUGAUCAUUUUAACUAGUUGGUGUAAGUUUCCUUUCUAUGAAGCUGAUUUUGGUUUUGGGAAGCCCAUUUGGGUAGCCCCAGGGACAAUACCUUUGGAAAAAUCGGUUUACUUGAUAGAUGAUGUCCAAGGCAAUGGAGUUGAAGCAUAUGUUUUUCUUAAAGUCGAAGAGGUCCCAAAAUUUGAAGAAGCUCUAAAUCGUGUAAACACUUUAUUAUUUGCCUAACAUCUGAUCAUUUGCUUUUGUUACUUCACAAUCUACUUUUGCUUGUUUGUCAAUUUUAAUAUUAUUAGCCAGAAAGUUUCCCACUCUCUGAAGCAGGAUAUAAGUUUUUGCUUAAGCUACAUAAA